UUUUCACCCCAUUGGUUGUGACUUCUCAAUUCUAGACUUGCUCAAUGCCUCGGCGCAUUGCUAUAUAACGUGAUGUUUUCUCCCUAGCGCAGUCCCGCUAAUCGCGUCUGCUUUCAUCGGCAUCUUUGACCAAAGGACGUAGUAAGACAACGCAUCGCCUUCCCGCCAUGGCAGAAAGCAUAUCCCAGCUAACUCUGGGCACAUCGCUCUCUCUGCUGGCAGUACUCCACUAUGGGCCAGAUCGUCUUCGCGCUCCGCUCCUCCGUGCGCUGAGGUGCAACAGUAGCCAAACCAAACUCAAGGCUUUGUUGUCAAGACUCGUCUUGAUUGCAAGCAUCAGCGGCGUCGUCACUGUGAACAGAAUCCUCAGCCACCUGGCCCGGAACAACUGGGUGCUGGCCAAAAGGCGGGAUUGGGACUGGCCCAACGAGGUCGCCGUCGUCACGGGGGGGUCGGGUGGUAUUGGGGCCAACAUUGUCGCGGGCUUGGCUCGGAGAGGCAUCAAGGUCGCCGUCGUCGAUAUCGUCGAGCCAACACAGCUCGCAGAGCACAAGAACGUCCGCUACUUCAAGUGCGACAUCACGAAAAAGGACGAUGUCGACGCCGUCGCCGCAGAGAUCAAGGCUGCGCUGGGCCCAGCCAGCAUCCUCUGCAACAACGCAGGCAUCGCGCACGCCCACACGAUACUGGAGAGCUCCCCCGGCUACCUGAGGAAGCUGUUCGACGUCAACGUCAUCUCGCACUUCUACACGAUCCAGGCCUUCUUGCCCGACAUGAUUGCCCGCAAGAAGGGCCAUAUAGUGAGUACGUGCAGCAUGUCCAGCUUCGUCACACCGGCCGGUCUUGUCGACUACGCAGCCAGCAAAGCAGCGGUCAUGGCGCUGCAUGAAGGCUUGCAGGGCGAGCUCAAGCAUCGUUACCAGGCUCCCGAAGUGCGCACGACGGUCGUUCACCCCACGUACGUGCGGACUCCGCUGUGCGACUCGUACGCGAAGGCGCUGGAGAAGUCGGCGGCCAUCCAGCUCGCGCCGGAAACGGUCGCGGACGAGAUCGUGGCGGCGAUCCUGUCUGGCAGCAGCCAGCAGAUUGUUCUGCCUCGGGCGCUGGCCCUCACGUCGGCUCUGCGCGCGUUCCCGUGGUGGUUCCAGGAGCUGGUGCGUGGAUCGACGCGGGAAGACAUGAAGCGCUUGUAAGCAGGUACGCAGGCAGGCAAGUAGGCAGCGCUUGGUCGCAGCAAACGUCCGAUGCUGAAAAGCAUCAACCAUAUAUAAGCUGAAUGUCCUCUUCAUCCGACGUGCAUCACCACCCAAGGGCGAGAUGGCAUCGCCCAGUAGUAGAAGCCCGCUUCUGAAAAUACAACGGGACUUGGUGUUGUUUGCUCUAAGCUAGCGUGUAUAUAUAGAUGUAUCUAAUGCUGUUCACUCCCCUCCUGACGGGCAUGGACCUUGGUACGGCAGCAGAUUGCACGCCUCACUAGGUCGCCUAUCAAAACGCAACAGAUUCUUGGACAAAUCCCUGGGCGGAUCGCAAUUCCAUGCCGUGGACAAUUGCCUUCGAAUGGCAGCGCUCGAAACGUCGUUUCAAACAAGCCCGUCAAGGCCGCCCAACCCAAGGGUGGCAAAACCCGCGCGUCCGAGGAAGAUGCGAGCAAGCGACCCCUAGGUGCCUCCGUAGCCAGAGCAUA